AUGAUGACGUGCCGUCUGCUGUGCGCCCUGUUGGUGCUCGCCCUGUGCUGCUGCCCGUCCGUGUGCAUGACAACAAGUGAAGAUACAGCUGGCAAAUCUGGAAAAGAUUCCGUUUCGACAAAUUCUAAGCCAGACGGAAAAGGUCUUGUGACGGAAUCGCUAAGUACAACUUCUCUUCCUCGGCCAGAGACACACAGUGAAGUGAGAGGGACGGAAAAGUCACAUGCAACGGCUACAAUAACCAAAACGCCCCAGUCACAAAAUACUUCCAAUAAUACACAGGAUCUAGAUGAUGGGAACUCUAAUGAACGGAAAGAACAUACGAAUACCGUUACGGCAAAUGAACAAAAGAAGGCCGCCGCACCAACAACGACCACCACGACCACCACAAAGGCACCAACCACGACGACGACCACAACUACAACACAGGCAACAAGUACUACGACUACAGAGGCGCCAACCACGACGACCACCCGCGCACCGUCUCUUCUCCGCGAAAUCGACGGCAGCCUCAGCAGCUCUGCGUGGGUGUGUGCCCCGCUGCUGCUCGCCGUAUCCGCGCUGGCGUACACCACUGUGGGCUGA